UUUGCAGGAAGACAGGCACACACACAGGGGGUGGGGUUUUUACUUAUUCUCAAAGAGCAUAUGUCAACCAAAGCAAGCUGUUGAACAGUGCAACCAAGUGUGUCAUCUCAAACAUUUUAGUUUUGAUGCAUAAAAGUUCAUAGCCUACUUUUCAUUCUAAAAAUGGAUAGUGCUUUUGAUAACCUGGAUGCAGCUGGUUUUCUGGAAAUUUGGCAACACUUUGAUGCAGAUGAUAAUGGCUACAUUGAGGACAAAGAGCUGGAUGAGUUUUUCCGUCACAUGAUGAAAAGACUGGCCCCACAGGAGAAAGUGACAGAAGAGAGGGUCCAGAGGUUAAAGCAGAGGUUUAUGUCUGCUUAUGAUGUCACUGCUGAUGGGAAACUACAAAUUCAAGAGUUGGCCAACAUGAUCCUGCCAGAAGAUGAAAACUUCUUGUUAAUUUUCCACAGAGAAGCUCCUUUGAACAACAGUGUUGAUUUCAUGAAGAUAUGGAGGAAGUAUGAUGUUGACUGCAGUGGAUACAUCUCAGCUCAGGAGCUAAAGGCUUUCUUGAAAGACUUGUUGCAGCAGCACCACAAGGAGGUCUCACCUGAUAAACUGGAGGGGUACACUGACACAAUGAUGAAGAUUUUUGACAAAAACAAGGAUGGUCGUUUGGAUCUGAAUGAUUUGGCAAGGAUCUUAGCUCUGGAUGAGAAUUUCCUACUUCAAUUCAGCAUGGAUGCAAACAGUCGAGAUGAGAGAAAGAGAGACUUUGACAAGAUCUUUGACCAUUAUGAUGUUAGUAAGACGGGAGCACUGGAGGGUCCUGAGGUGGAUGGCUUUGUCAAAGACAUGAUGGGGCUAGUGAGGCCCAACAUGACAGGUCCUGAACUAGACAAGCUACGCGGUGUUCUGUUGCGUCAUUGUGAUGUCAACAAAGACGGGAAGAUCCAGAAAAAUGAGCUAGCCUUGUGUCUGGGAGUAAAGCCAAAGCCUUAAUUUGACAUCCACUGAAUGAUGACACUGUGCUAAUCAGUAAUGGAAAAAGUUAUGUUAACAUUCAAAUAAUUACUUACACUAUUACUUACACUAUUUAUGGUUAGUACUCUUGCAGUGUUGUGAUAUUUGAUAUGAUAACAUUUUUUGAGCAUGUUUCAGGACCAAAACUAAAUAAAGGGAUGUUGAAAUCCUUUUUUGGUGAGCAUAUAAACUGUGUGGUAUAUAAAUCAGUUUGAAAGUCAGUAAAAGUGACAUAUUACAUUUGAGAAUUAGUUUAUCCUUAAAAUCAACUGAUCAGUCACCUGGCUAGUACAGAUACAUGCAUGUUUCUUUGUCGAAAAAGACAUAAUGGAUGUUGUUUAGUGUAUUUUAAUAUAAUGGGCUGUUAUGAAAAUAAAAAACAGUGUUGAGUGGUGGCUGAUUGUUUUUAUUUCACAAAUUAGGUUUGAUUAAUGCCAUAUUUAAAGCGUGAACAGGCUCUAGAAGGCUCAACACGGCAGAAGCACUGUGGAAAUAUGAAUUUUUCUUUACCCUUUCCAUGCCUUUGUGAGCUUUAUUCAGGUAAAGAGUUUACUGUAGAUGA